GCUGCUGACAACGACAGUUCGUGACAGUUCAUACGUAAAUCUUUUUAUUGAUCGGUUGGGUUAACUUUCCUCCAAACAAAUAAAACUCAACUAUUUAGUUAAAAAUCCUUAAGAGCAGACAAAUUUUGUUAGUGGAUGUUUUAAACGUGUUGGUGUAUUAAAUUACCCAACUUACGGCCAGUUUUAUGGUCUACAUUUGCGACCGCACUGGAGCUUCCCGAAGGUUAGCAGUCCUAGACCAUGUCUUGGCAAUCCUGGCACCAAACGGCGGCACCGCCGCCCAAUGUAAUGACUGCCCCCCCUAUGGCGAAUGCAAUGGGCCCCACACUAAUGCAGUCGGCAGUCAUCCCAGGCAAUGUGAAUGCUGCACCUUCGAUAGUGGCGCCUCCGACAGCUGUACAGUACAGUACUGAGCAGUGGUCUCAGAUGCAGCAACAGAACUGGCAGCAAUGGGCCCAGUGGCAGCAGCAGUACCACCAAUGGCAUCAGCAGUAUGGUGCUGAAUACGAGAAAUCCAUUAAUGCCUUGACCGCUGUGGGUCCCAACACUGCGGUGCCGCCGCCGUUGCCAACUGAGGCUAAACAUGCCGUGCCUCCACCUCCACCAGAUAAUACCAAGUUAGGGGCGGCAAACCAGUACAGUGGGUACACGACAGCGCCCCCACCAGGACAAUUUGUCAGUAGCGUUGCUCCUAGCCAGUAUGCAGAUCAGCAGGACUGGAAGAAUUCCGCUAACAAAAGGUCACUUCCGGCGAGUACAGAUGUUGAACCCAGCAAAAGGCAGAUGCUUCAGGCGCCAAAGAACAGUAACUCCUGGCAGAAUCAGCCGCCACCCAGCGCCCAAACGCCAGCUCAAAAAGCCCUCAAUCUGGAAGAGCUGACCGAGGCGGAGAAGAAAUUCGACAAGGAGUUUGCUGCGUGGGAGGCGCAAUUCAACAAAUGGAAAGAACAGAACGCCAAUCAUCCCGACAAGUCACAGUACUUGGAAUACGAAAAAAAGUGGGAUUCUUGGAGAAACUCUCUUUUGGAUAGGCGGGAGCAAAUGCGAAAGAAACGCGUCGCGCUGCAAGCUUCGAUGACCGCUCAUGUAACAACGCCGCCAGUCCUGCCCCAGCAACAGCAAAAAAUGCAGUUUAAGCAACCCCCACCACUUGUUGGACAAAGCUUUUCCAAUCAGGGCAGCCAGCGUCCUGUCCAGGUUUUCGACAAACCUCCACCGACUCAUAAUAAUGCACAUUUAGGCUUCAAACAGCCGCCCACUGCGGAAGAGUCCUCAGAUGUGGGAAACAACUUUCUAAAGACAUCUUCACCAACGCCUGGUGGCAUUCCGGGCCUAGAUUUGGUUAAAGAGAGCAGCAUUCAAGAGUAUAACGAAGUGCCUGGCGAACAGAUGAGUGCCAGUGUUGUCGUUUCUAAAGGCCCUGACCUGGAUGCUAUUUCUAGAGGAAUAAACACUAUACUGGGAGAUGCGAAGCUACUCAAUUUGUUGUCUAUGGUAUCGCAGAACAAGAAGGUUCCAACGGAAGUAGUGGAAACCGAACGAAAAGUACCUGAGGCGGUUCAGGCACGCACGUCCAUAUCGAGCUUAAUGGCCACAUCGGUCCAACGUCCGCAUUUUAACAAAUCAAGCCAUGAAGUAAAUGACUAUGCAGAGGAUCGUCAGAACUCGGUCGAUCUGGUAACAGUGAACAAUUUUGAUGACCAGACCAGAAUGAGCUUUUCUAAUGGCCCCAACGAGGCAGAUCAAGGCAGCAACAGUCAGUCGCGCUUGGAUAACUCGCACAAUCUUCCCCGGGGGGAUUACAGACCCGGAUUUCACCAAGAACAGAAUAAUUUUCGGGGUUUCAAUGGCGACAACAGGCCUUUUGCGCAUCGUCCAAGUGCGAAUUAUUCUCAGAAUCAUCCUUCGGAUUACCAUAAGAGUUUCGGUAACCAAUAUGACGGCGAUGAUCAAUGGAACGAAGAAGAGGAGUAUGAUAAGUAUCAUGACAUGUUUAACGAAGAGGAGCGUUCACUACCAGAUCGUCAUACUGUGGAACCCCCUCCAGUGGAUAAAGAGCCGUUUUUUGUUCCGGAUGUCGUUAUUGACUACGAGCACAGACCUCUUAAAGAUCCCGAGCCUGAAAUAUCCUUAGACGUAAUCCGGGCCUUUGACUACAGACAUAAGCCAGUUAAUCGUAUCCCAUAUCCUCAGAGGCCGCAAUGGCUAGCCAAUACGCUGCGAAACAUACGGCAGUUUGAAACUUUAGCUGCCGGUCGGUUUAACAUCAAUGAGAGGUCAGCGCACGUGGAAAGGGAGAUGUCUAGAUACCCUGUAGAAAGGGUGGACCCUUAUGGGCGACGCCUCGAUGAUUGCAUGAGCUUUUCCAGAGAUGUAUAUGACGGCAGAUUGCCGUAUAAUGAGCGUGAAAGAGAGCGCGUUAGAUUUGAUUAUGAUCAGAGGGGCCGGGGCGACAGAUAUCAGCCAGACAGAAGAGCAGAGACAAGAAACCGUAUUGAGAAAAAGGCUCCGGAUGUCAAAGGGUUCGAAUCGAAAAUGGAACUGGAGGACUUAUCGGACGAAGACUGGGAAGACGACAAGAAAAAAACGCAAAGAGAUUCCUUUCAGUUAUCAUCACCAACGAGCCGUGUAGUAAAUAUUACAUCCUCUGAUUCUACAGCGGCGAUUUCGAGCAAUGCGGCAUCUAAUCAAUAUAUGACUUUAGAAGACCUCAUCAAUGCCCCGGGGCGAUUCACCCGACCGCCUAAGAUUGCUAUUAUAAUGCGAGGCCCGCCAGGCAGUGGAAAAACGUAUCUAGCCAAGCUCAUUAAGGACCGAGAGGUUGAAAAUGGGGGCUCGGCGCCUAGGAUAUUGUCGUUGGACGACUAUUUCAUGAUUGAACACGAAAGAGAAGUGAUAGAAGACGGAAAGGUGACGAAAAUCAAAGAAAUGACGUACGAAUACGAAGCCGGAAUGGAAGAAUCUUAUCGGCAGUGUUUGAUAAAAGCAUUUAAGAAAACGGUCACUGACGGAUACUUUCCGUUCGUAAUUGUGGACAAUGUUAAUCAGAAGGUUAAAAGCUUUGGAGAAAUGUGGAGCUUUGCCAAGCAGAAUGGAUUUCAGGUUUACAUUUGCCAAUUGGAUUUGGAUCCUGAACUUUGUACGAAAAGAAAUAUCCAUCAUAGAAGUGAAUCUUACAUAGAGAAUUGCAUAGCCGGUUGGGAACCGACGCCCUCACAUCACCCGAUGAUCGAUGCAACCAACUUUCUGCAAAGCACUGGAGCCAUCACGGAAGUCGAAAUGGAGGAGGCCGAACCAAGUCAUGACGAAGCUGAUGUCGAUGACGGAGAGUUUCCACAGGGACAUACUAGAAGCAAGUGGGAUUCAUUUGACUGUUCUUUAAAUAAUCUUGCUCGGCUCGACGGCGUCAACAAGCCGCUCCGGCCAUCCAGAACCAUGGAGGAAUACCUCCAACUGGACGACGAAUGGGAGCAACCCGAAAAUCCCACAAAACCCGGCCAGAAAAGGGUUCGAUGGGCCGAUCUGGAGGAGCAAAAACAACAGACAAAGAUGAAAGCACUGGGAUUCGUCGUGGGCCAGACUGAUUGGCAGCGAAUUAUGGACCCAACCAAUGGUGAAAGUGCGCUCACUCAAACCAAGUAUAUCGAAAGACGCUAUAAUAACUGAAUUGCGUUUCAGUUUGCGAACUUGUUUUGAGCAAAGCUUAGAAAUUCGACUUUUUCGAACACGCGCGAUGUUAUUGCGGACAAGUUGAUUUAAAACUUUUGUAUGUGCUUCUAUUGAAGUGGCAUAUAUUAUUUAAUUAAGACAAUUUCAGAUUUGGGCGUUCUUGCAACUACAUGUUUGUUUUAUUCAUUAAAGGCAGAAACAGUU